UGCCCCCCAAACACACACACGUCACUUCCUUCUUCCUGAAGUAGAGGAUCUGUGAGAAAGUUUUAUACGGACCACAAUAGAGUUAAUAGAGUUAUAAACUUCACACGGUAUUGAUGUGUGCAGUGUUUCAGGUGAUGGUGUGUACCAGCUACAGGUGAAGAUGUGUACCAGCUGCAGUGUUCCUCAUCACCUCCUUCACUUCCUCAUCCUCAUGUUCAUCACAGUUCCUGUAUCAGCUGUCAUUACUGUAGAGGUGGAGUUUAAUCAGGCUGCUGCUCUGCCCUGUGAACGGAAUUGUUCUCAUCAAGUUACAUGGACUCCGUUCUAUAACCGAACCUAUAUAGUGGCUCAGUGUGAUCAGACAUCCUGCUGGUCAGCAGAAGGAUUUAACAUCUCCCAUGAUCAGUAUCUGAAGGGAGAUCUGACCCUCACCAUCCCUGUAGCUGAUUACAGUAAGAGGAACAUAUACACGUGUCAGUGUGAUGGCAAAGACGUUAAUGAUGUGCGUCUCAGCAUCAAGUCCAUCAGAUCACCAGUUCAGAUGAAUCCUGGUGAAGAUCUACAGCUGAAUUUACACAUAUCAGACCAAGUGGAGGUGACCAUUGAACACAGAAAUUCAACAGAUCCACGUGGUGUACAGAUCUGCAGUGUGUAUAAAAGCUCACUAGACUGUACAGCUGAAUACACACAGAGAACAUCACUCACUAACACACUUCUUACACUGAGAGGAGUAAAGUGGACUGAUGAUGGAGUUUACAUCAUCAGAGACACGGAGUAUAACGAGAACCUUCAUAUUUACUCAGUAACAGUAAGAGAUCAGAACAAAGAUCAGGAGUGUGCUCUACCAGUGUGGGCGAUUGUCCUGAUGGUGGUGUUGGUGCUUCUGGUUGCUGCACUGAUUGGAAUAAUCCUGUACCUGAGGAAAAAAUAUCACAGCAACCGAAGACAUGAUAGGCCCAGGAAUGGAACAGGAGAACAUCAGAGCUCUAAUGGUGCAAUAAAAUUGAGUGAACUAUCAGAGAACCAAGGAAUGUUAAGACCGGGUGAGAAUGAAAGUGACUGUGAGUAGUAACUGAGGGAAGAGACUUGUAACUACAUACAGCAUGAUGCUGGAACAAUUAGAGAUCAAAACUUAAAUGGGAGCACAGGAAUAAAUAACAUGUAUCUGGAUCUACA